AAGCCACCCAGCGGUGUGCACACUAGAUAGAGCUACCUCCUUUCUUUCUCUCUUCCGAGGCCCGGAAAGCGGCUCCCCGCCAGCCCGCCCGCUCCCAAAUCCAGAAGAAACCCAUCUUAACCCUAGAAUUCCCCCAUUCCGCCCUCCGCGCCCCUCACCUACACGGAAAUCUCUCUCACUCGCGUGUUCUUGUCUUCCUCGAUUGGUCCUGUCAUCGGAGACGGUCGGGAACCCUAAAGAGCGGUUCGUGGCGGCCGCGGUAUCAGGUCAAGCAAGUGACUUGAUAACCCAAUUGUAUUAUUAACAUUCCAUUGAAGCGAUGCCUAUGACUGCAUGAUUCUUAAGGAGGCUAUCCCAAGAAGAAACGGGGACCAACAUGUUAUUGAAAUGUCUAUUGUUUGGUCCUCUGUUUGUUAACAAGCAAUAUCUAUUAUAUAAUGAGAAGUGUUUAUGCUUGGGAGCAUCUUUAGUUAUUGUCCAGUCUCGAAACUUUGGGCUUGGAGGAGCAAUCUUGUAAUUUCGUCUCUAUCGAUAUUUUUACUCUCUUUUACCUUACAUACUAAGAGGCUACCAUCAAAUGUCAGAAAGUGAGAUGGCAAUUAUCAAACCAGAGGCUAUGAAGUCUUAUGUAUGGCUCCAAUGUGCUGAUGGAUCAAUCCAGCAAGUUGAGGAGGAGGUUGCUAUGUUCUGCCCCAUGAUAUGUCGAGAAAUACUUCAGACGGGCACGGGAUCUUCUAAGAAUUAUGCCAUUUCUUUACCAGAACGCGUUAACCCACCCAUACUAAGCUUGAUUCUUGAUUAUUGCCGGUUUCAUCAGGUUCCAGGCCGCUCUAACAAGGAGCGAAAGACUUUCGAUGAGAAAUUCAUCAGGAUAGAUACCAAAAGAUUAUGCGAGUUGACUUCUGCAGCUGACAGCCUGCAGCUAAAGCCUUUGGUUGAUCUCACGAGUCGAGCGCUUGCCCGCAUGAUAGAAGGAAAAACGCCUGAGGAAAUUCGUGAGACAUUUCAUUUGCCAGAUGAUCUUACUGAGGAAGAGAAGUUAGAGCCACUGAAAAAUACUAAUGAUGACCCACGCAUCAGGCUACUAAAUCGAUUAUAUGCUAAAAAAAGGAAAGAAUUGAAGGAGCGUCAGAAACUAAAGGAUGUGGAAGUUGAAGAACCACGAGUAGAUGAGCGUUCAGUUGAUGAAAUAUUAUCUUUUAUAAAUGGAGAUGGAGACUCAAAGAGUGCUAAAGCUUCUAAGAAUAAAAAGAAAAAUAGGAGAAAAAAAGAGCAAACAAAGGAUCCUUCUAGAACUGACUCUGAGAAAUCACACAAGAAGGAUGCAUCAACUCUUUCUUUGGUCAUAAGUGAAGCUGGUGGUAGUUAUUCUCCGAGUUCAAGUCGAGCUUCAGAAAUACAGCACAAUCCUGAAGAUGCUUUUGCCACGAGGGUUGAUUUUGAAGAUGGCGAUGUAGACGAUGGGUUGGAUCCUGCAAUGAAAGAAGAGCUUGACAGAGAAGUGGAAGAUUUUGCUAGGAGAUUGAACUCUGAUUGGCCUGAGAGAAUGCAAGAAAUUUUAUCUUUAAGCCAAGAAAGAAGGGCUGUUCCAAAUUUAAUGAAUGGGAAUGGCUCCCUUCGAAGAUACACAGGUAUUCUAGUUAUUAAUGGACCAUCAAAUAUGUGGAUGACUUGAACCUUGCUUGUUGCUGGGAGAUGCGGGGUUUAAAUAUUCUAGUGGAUGCCUAUAAGAUGAAGUGGUCUGUGUGAGAUCUGCAUGGAUGGAUCUGAAUCAUCCGGUAGUUUUCAUGUGCCCUGUUGUCAGAGGUGAGUUAGCCUUUUCUGCAAUCCAUGCUUUGGGUUGUAAACAACUGUGUCCGGAUCCAACUUUAUUUUGAAGACUCAAUAUGUUGAUGAUGGUGGUUCCAACUGCUCAAGGGAGCAUUCCUUCAAUUAUUGCUCCAAGGCUUCAGGUAGUAGUUGAUCACCCUGGUAGGAGCUAAGGUCAGCAUGGAGAGAGCACAUAUCAUUUUGUUGUGAUAGUAAAAGUGAUUCGAGUACACUGGUAGCAAUUUGACUAAUGUGCUGUAUGUCAAGACAUGGAUUAAUCAUACAUGCAAGACUUGUUUGCAGAAUUAGUGGUAGGAUCUUGGCUGAGUGGUUGGUAUGCUUCUCUAUUUUGGUCGUCUUCAUCUUGGAUCCUAUCAGCCGUGCUCCACGAUUUCAAAACUAGUGAUUCGAUGACAUGUUUCUUUUCAUGAUAGUCAUCAUGAUGAUCACACAAAUCACCAAUUUUGCAGUGAAAGUUAAGAACGAUGCAUAGAGGUUGGAGAUGAAUUCUUCGUCGGACAAUUAUAUGUGGGUUAAGCCUGUUGCCAAGGACACUUUAAGCAUUUGAAAUCAUCUUUUAUUUGCGCACAGAUAUCAGGGGAUGAUAAAAUGAAUAGCUAUUUGGAAAAUGGAGAAUAUUCUGUCAUUUGCUGUCUUUCAGAACAAAGAGAACAGUAUGCUGUAUACUGAGGAAGCAUUCAGCAGCCAGCUGGUUGAAAUUUGAAAGGAGAACUGAGCUAAACAGUCAUUGCCAAGGCCAACGGCUUGGAGAAUACCAUUGACAGAGAGAAACAACAUGAGCUGAGAACUCUCCAUGCACAAAGUAAGCCUGCACUACCUUUUUUUUUUCUGCUUUCUAUUUUAUUUGCUCCUGGCCAUUGUCUCUGUAUAUGCCUGGUGGCAGCAAAAAGCUGAAUUUGAACGACCUUAAUCUUCACAUGUAGCAUAAUGCAUGAGGUACUUUAAUGCUUUGCCUUAAUGAAAACCCAAGGAGGAGAAGAAAAAUACUCUAUUAUGAGUUGAGAGAAUUAUCAAGCAUUACAUGGUAAGCUCUGGUAACCUGUCAACGAACAUACAGUGAUGAGCUCUCUAUGAGAUAUUAAGAUCCCUGCACACAUAGUAUGC